UCCCUCUCUGAUAAACCGACGUGCACAUUUUUUAUCGUCGAUUUGACGCUUUUUUAUCAGCGGACAGGCUCGCUGCUCUGCCCCUCCGGCCGAUCAAAUGCUCACCAAAUGAGCACCAAUUGGUCUUAAGACUGAGGAAAACCAAAUCGGGCUGAUUUGGAAAGCCAGGCAAAAACAGGUCUUGUGAAAUCUCUGCGGUCAAAUAAAAAAGUUGCUGAUCAGUGAGAUAUUUUAUAAAUUAUAAAAAUAUCGCGGUUCUCAACCUGAUGAUUAAUUUUUCUAUUCAAAAAUUAUAUUCCCCAAUUUUCCGCUGCAAGAACGGACAUCCGUACAGCGACCCCUCUUUUUAUCUCAUUUGACCGCAGAACCGCACCCCCUCGAGCAAUGACAAUCAAUUGGGAUGUAAAGAAAGAAGUUAAAUCAAAUUUAUCAAACUUUGCAGUCAAACUAAGUAAAUGGCCUUAGUAAAUAUUUUAAAAUGUCAUUUAAAAUUUAAAUAACUUGAAAGAAACAGUAAAUGUCUUCCAAAGUUGAAAACCAACACAAGUUCGAGUUCGUUGAAAGUUGGAAGUGUCACUUUCCUUCUCCUUUUUGCACACUCCAAAACUUUUUAUUUUGAUUUCUCUCUCGCAUGUCAACAAACGCAACAAACAUUGCGAAGUGAUUUUUUUGGUAGAUGCUGUGUCGAAAUCAUAAUUGUGUCUGCAUAAUAGCUGGCCUAUAAUUGGUCGUGGUCGUUACGCAAGCCACCUUUUUAAUUAGAAGCCCUUCGUUUUUUUUUCACCGAAAUGAGCAUGUCAGAAGCGACUGCUUUUAUUCCGCCGUCGGUUUUCUCGCUACCGCCUGUGCAAAGCAAUCCCGUCGUCGAUCAUGAAUUGUCAACUAAAUCGAAAAAAGCAACGGAACGGAUUUCAGAGAACAUGCACAUCGUGGCUAACGAGCCGUCGCUGGCUUUUUAUCGAGUUCAAGAACACGUGAGGAAAGCUCUUCCUCCGAUGGUGAGCAAACGAGUCGAAGUGAAGAAACUGAAUCUAGAGCUGCAAGGCCGGUGCUACGAUUUGGAGUAUGCCCUAGGAGCUGUUAAGGCCAUGUCAAAUGCUGGGUCAACUUUCAAGAACCUGCAGGAUCUCACCAAAAAUGCAAUUUAUUUUAAGCAGCAAUUAAAAUACGAAGAAACUAGAAGGUCGAAAAAGGAGCCAUCAGUUUACAAAAGACUGUCAGCUCAUAUAUCUCAGGAGAUUCCAGACUUGGCUGAAAUAUCAGAUGCUCUCAGAGAAACUGCCUCCAGAGUAGAAUCAAUGAUGACGCAUGCCAGAGGUAGCUCUGGAUCUGCACCAGUUGCAACGGAAGCGUCUGAGGCGAUUGGUUCCUCGAGUCAGCAACAGCAACAAAAAGAUUAAAUUGUAUUUUUCUUAAAUAUUAUCAUUUCCUGUGAUAUUAAUUUGUUUAUUCAAGAUGGUUCCGAUGAUUAUAUUAUUUUACUUGGUAUUAAAGUUGAAAAGAAUUAUUUAAUAAAAAA